ACAUAUUAUCAUUGUAACCACAUAUUAUCAUUGUAACGGCCAAAAUACUUUUUGUUUACAAAACCUACUCUAAAUGGGCAUUUUCGCACUUAGACCAUAACAUAGAAAUUAAAUUAAAGAACAAAAAAAAAAAUAAAAAAAUAAAAAGGACACCAUAGAGUGUAUUUUUGUCUAUUUUUAAAGUAGGUAAGAGGGGAGCCUUGUAAAUUCCAGUUGAGGGAAUAUAUGUGCAGGAAGGGAAAGAAAAAGUGCAAGGUUGGUUAAGAAACUUAAAUAGGAAGCCCCAUGGUGGAUGUUGAGAUAGAUCUCACAUCACCUUCAAGAAUUGCUUGGAAUGGAAUAAAGAUGAUUAAUAUAUAUACAUACAUAUGGUUACACCCACAUACACGCACCUAUUGAGUGAGUGAGUGAGUGGGCUAUAAUAACUUCCUUCCACGUCAAUUUUCUCUCUCAAUGUCUAAUAUUCAGAUACCAAUGUAUUGCUUGAUGACAGAUGACAGACUUCACCCCUCACCCAACUCUGAUUGUACCCUCUCAACCCCUCUCCUCUUCUACGUGGAAGUGGAACCACAUUGCCAUCAACAUUAUUAUUAUUAUUAUUAUUAUUUCUCCUUUUUCUUAGAGGAGGAGCUCGAGGUGCUGCAUGUCACAGCCACACCCAAAAUAUGGCUAAGAGAUCAGAUUUUGCACAGAAGCUUCUUGAUGAUCUGCGACUGAGGAAAGAACGAAUGACUGCUACUGCUACUGCUACUGCUACUGCAUCUCAUUCUCACAGCUCAAACCAAUCCCACCAUUUGCCUAUAGAUGCAUAUGCUUACACCAAGCAAACCUACAGAGGGUCGAGAAAUACAAAAGCAAAUGAAAUUGUUAGUUCCGGAAGUGGGGAGAUGCUGAAUAGGUCUAGCAGAAGGCAGAGAUCAGUAAAGAGUGGAGAGUUGUCAAAUCAGAUCAUUCCUUACGGGAAAGCCUUUGAGAAUGGAGGGAAACUAAGAAGGGCCGAUUUGUCUUUCACUAAUUCAAUUUUGGGUUUCCUUCAGAAAAUUCAAAGGGGAACAAUGGAUCGAGGAAGCAAUUUGGACAGGCAACUAGCUUCUACUAGUCACACCCUCUCUCUUGUGCAGAUAAAUGAGAUCUCCAAAGGUGCACAAAAACUCAACCACAUAUUGAGAGCCUGCUGCUCCAAUGGAGUUAACAUGGAUACAUAUUCAUUAAAUUUUGCAAAGGAACUAUUACAAGGAGCUAUUGAUUUGGAAGAGUCCCUUGGGAUGCUAGUAGAGCUGCAGAAAAGUUCAGAGUUUAUGAUUACCUCACAAACGCAAAACAAAAAUCGAAUCACGCUAUUAGAGGAGGAGGAGGAGGAUGAUGACGAAGAGGAUAAGAGGAGGAUGGAGAAAAUGCAGCUGGUGCGUCCAACUUUCUUGUUUGACAACAAGAUGCUGAGAACAAUUACUAUCACCAAGUCUAAGGAAGCCAAAAAGAUCAAAGUUUCUCAGCAGAAGGGAAUACCAACUAACAAUAGCGAAGCUGUUGCCGACAUUUCAAACCAGAUGGGCGACAAGGGAAGGAUUCCAAACGUAAUAGCCAAACUAAUGGGGCUAGACAACCUUCCUGAGAAAAAAGAUUCACGUAAUAGUAAUACUGCAUCAUCCAAGCACUCAAGCAGCACUACACUGAAGAGCAAACAAACUGACAAUUUGAUCAAAAACCAAAAAGUGGUUGUAGGAUCUUUCAAAAACCUAAUGUUUGGUGGCGCGGAUAAAAAUUUAGUCCUUCAAAACCAAAAGACUAUCUCUGAGUCUGAGGUGGUUGGUAUAAAAUCAUUGAAGGGCUUUGACAAAGCCAGCAUCAUCAACGGUUCUGCUCAAAAGAACCUUGUUAGGGAAAGUCAAAAUUAUGUUGAGGUGGUGAUGGGAAGGAAACAGGAUCGCCCAAAUAACAGUGGCACGUCUAAGGGCAGAACCACCAGCAAUGGCAAUGAUCCUGUUCGAAAUCUGCACGAAAGAAGAUCACAAGUUAAAUCUGCCAAUCAGGUUGCAAAUGCAAGUAUUAUUCAACCGGAAAAAAGACAUGCAAUUACAAACAAGCACAUGCAGAUGGGCAAUGAAAACAAGUCUCGGGACCAUCUGGGAGUUCAAAAGUCAAACUCAUACUACAUACUGUCUAAAGGUAGAGGGAGAGAAAUGACAAUCGAGAAUUCAUCCAAACAAUCCACCAAUAAUCCUCAAAAGAAGAAGAAGAAAAAACAGUCAUCCAUAAACCAACCCACACCGUUCAAAAAAUCAUGUGGUAACCAUGAUCUAGUGGAAUCCAAUGAGAAAGUAAACGAAAUUAUUAAUAGAAAGUCCUCUCCAAGAUAUGAAGAUUUUGAACGGAGGCAAACAGUACUCAAGGAUCAUAAACUGGCCUCCAGCAAGAAAAUAAAACCUGAACAAAUGCUGAGAGGAAGAAAUGGACAAGGCAAAUUUCAAGAAGCGAGUGAUAGAGCAUCUGGUGGCAAGUUCAAAGUCUUCAACGGAGCAGAGCGAAAAAGGGCUAGUAUGUUCAUAGAAGCCGAACAACUGCUUCCUACUACGUUAUACAAUUCUGGCAGUGGUGGAGAUUUACAAGAAUCACCCAAUGACUUGCAAUACGAAGCUGUUCCUGGGUCGCCACAUGAGGGAUUGAAGACAAGUGAAGUUGCUUUACAUAAAAUUAAAACAAAUGGGGGAAUUCAGGAAUACGGAAUGGGUGUGAAAUUAGAAGAUCAAAAUAUUUGUGAAAAACAACCAUUAUUAACAGAAAGUGGAAACCGCCUCAAGUUGAUUUUGGUAAUGAGCCAAUUAUUCGUCAACACUGCAGAAGCCCUUUUCAGACUCAACAUUCCGUUUGGUAUUCUUCAAGGUGGUCGUCAAGAUCAAGGUAGCAAACUUAUACUAGAUUGCGGCUAUGAAGUGAUGAAAAGAAAAGGGAUACGGCAGGAACUCAAAGUUCAUACUUGCUCAAAGAUAUCAUCAAUCACGAGUACUGCUAAUAUUAUAAGAUCCCUAGAUGACUUGGUUAGGCAGCUGAGUGAAGACAUGGACAAGCUUAAAUUAUACGGAAGGAAAAACAGUAGCCAAGUUGAUGUUGAGGAGAUGAUUCAACGUGAUGUGUAUCAUAAAUAUCCAGACAUAGACUGCAUGUGGGAUUUGGGUUGGAAUGAUGACACACUUGCAUUUAUCGAAAAAUAUGAUGUUAUAAGGGAUAUAGAAAAGCAUAUCAUUAGUGUACUACUAGAUGAGAUCACCAAAGAUUAUUGCAUGUUCAAAGAGAAUUGAUUGUUGAAUACUAUAAAAGAGAGCAAGUUUUUUA